UGAUGCUCUAUUUCUUCAGCAGCCUCGAAAAUGCGCAUAAACAAACUUCCCGAUAAUCCAAAUGUGUCAAAAUUCUUCAGAACUACAAGCGAAAGCUCGAGUUCCAAUUGGAGAACCCAAAUCAAUCAAACCCAAUUAGUUUCGCAAGCAUCCACAGUUGUCUUGCAGAGACACCCCAAAUUAUGGGCUUCACUCCUCAAACCCCUUCAAAUUUCGUCCAAUUUAACACCAUCUCUGUUUCACCAAAUCUUGAAUAGAAUCCGAACCCAACCAAAACUCUGUUUCGAUUUCUUCAAUUGGGCGCGGGAAAACCUCGAUUUCAAGCCCGACAUCGCUGCUCGAUGCGAGCUCACCCGAAUACUAUUCGGGUCCGAAUUGUCUAAGCUUGGUAAGCCAAUCUUGAAUUCCAUUGUUCUAGAUUACCCACCAGCCACGAUUGUUUCUUUGUUCCAACCGCGCCGAAAUGCCGACUUUCAGAAUAUAUCCCCGGUUUUGAAUCAUGUAAUUGAAUGUUAUUACAGCGAACAAAUGUAUUUUCAAAGCUUGGAGUUUUAUCUGAUGGUUAGGAAGAAUGGGGUUCGAUUGAGUGUGGAUGCCAGUAAUAAAUUAUUGAAAUUUUUGGUUGAUAAGAAUGAACUGAGGUUAGCAUGGUGCUUUUAUGCUUCGAUUAUUAGAGAUGGGAUUUCAGGGAACCAUUCUACGUGGUCUCUGAUUGCGAAGAUUUUUUAUAAAGAUGGGAAGUUUGAGAGGAUUGGUAGAAUGUUUGAUGUGGGAGUAUACACUCGUGAGAUGUUCGAUUUGAUAAUUGAUGGUUAUAGCAAAAGAGGAGAUUUUGGAGCUGCUUUCGAUUAUCUGCGUGAAUCUAUUGGUAAAGGAAUUGAGCCGAGUUUUCGUACUUACAGCUCGAUUCUAGAUGGUGCUUGCAGGUAUAAUAAUAGACAAGUGAUUGAGAAUGUGUUAUCUUUUAUGGUAGAGAAGGGGCAUAUCUCAAAACCUCAUGCUUCUGAUUAUGAUCUGACCAUCAAGAAGCUUUGUGGUGUGGGAAAAACAUUUGCAAUGGAUCUGUUCUUCAAGAGGGCUUGUGAUGCUAAAGCCGAACUAGAGCAUGCUACGUAUGAGUGUAUGUUUAUGGCGUUGCUGUGCGAGGAAAGUAGAGUGGAGGAUGCAAUUGAGUUGUAUAACAUCAUGCAGGGCAAGCAAAUUUUAUUAAGUAAGAGUUGUUACAAUGAGUUUCUGAUUACUCUUUGCCAACAGAAGCCGUCGUUGCAAAUCAGCAACUUGUUAGUUGAUAUAAUAAGAAGGGGCGUCGUAUCCAUAUCUCCGGCCAAAGAACUUUCUAACUAUGUCCAUAAACAGUGUGCAGAGCGGCAAUGGCGAGAGGCAGAGGAACUAUUGGACUUGAUUCUGGAUCAAGGAUGGUUGCUCGAUCCUGUGUGCUGUGGCUCUUUCGUGAGACAUUACUGCUCAACCAGACAGAUUGAUAGAGCGAUUUUGCUGCAUUGUAAGUUGGAGGAGUUGAAGGGCACUUUGGCAACGGCAACAUAUAACAUACUUGUUGCUGCAUUAUUUAAAAGGAGGAGAAGUGAAGAAGCGAUAAGGUUGUUUGAUUAUAUGAAGACAUGCAAAACAGUGGAUAGUGAAAGUUUUGUACUCAUGAUAAGAGGUCUCUGCCACGAAAAGGAAAUGAGGAUAGCCAUGAAAUUGCAUGAUGAAAUGUUGGAAUUGGGGCUCAAGCCUGAUCAAAUAACGUAUAAGAGGUUAAUCACAGGUUUCAGAUGAAUCGUCGAGGAUUCUUCAAUGAUUCAUCUCCUGUUAGAGAGAUGCAAUGUGACUCUUACAAUUUCUAAUUGUACAGUAAGAUGAGAAGGACUAAAUUUUUGUGAGUGAUCCCUCUGUCCUUUGGCUAUUUAUGCCUUAAUUUAUCCUUUGCUCUCACUCUGAUUUUCUUCUGUUUUUCCUUUUUGUAAUUCAGUAGUAUCCUUUUGUUUUUGUACUUGUAAGCUAAAAACUUGGUGAUAUUUACGGCAUGUCGCCACUUUUGAUUUGAGUAA